AUGGCAGCUAAUCAAUCGGUCGUUUUCAAGCACUGGGCGCGCAUCAUCAAGCAAUGGCCGCUCGACCGCGUCCGCCCAGCUCAUGUCCAUUUCCAGAAGGUCAUGCAGUCCCGUCUGCAAAAGCUCCAGUCACCUGCUCCUGCUGUCUCACCCAAGUCCAACGAUGCCCUCGUGACGCCUGUCGAGCCCUUUAAUGAGCAAAAAGAAAUGCGACAGGUCAAUGCUCUGUAUUCGUUGCUCGAAGAUCGAUAUGCGAAGGAAUACCCUAUCCCGCAAUCAGUACGCCAGCCCAAGAGCAAUGUUUCCCACUAUGAUGAUUUGGUCAAAGAGCUGGACGAAGCGCCGGGAAGAUCAUGGUUCACAUCCUUCUGGAACCGCCUCAAGGGCUCUGUGCGGUUAAGAUGA